ACUUUUCAGUUGAGCGCUGGAACAGCUGGAGAACGUAGCGUCCAGAUCGCCAGCAGCGUCUACUGUCUGAUUCCGAUUCGCGUUCUCAUUCUCGUUCUCGAUUUAAGUCGUUAAUUGUUGCGCUAAGUGCUCUGCUUUGUGGACUGACCUCUCGAGCACUUGUUGACAUCUCCACGUAGCGCGAGUUUGCAAAAUUCUGUGAACUCCUUCUGCCCAAAUAUUCAAAUUUAUGUUCUUCGGUUGUAAGACUGUCUUGUAAAUUGCAUCUUUGUGUUUAGUGAGUGAUCUUGGAGAUUGUAAGCUGAACUUAUGGACUUUUACAUACAUCUAUAAGUUUGCCGCUCUCUGGCGUAUCUAAUUCCAAUGGUCACGAUUAGCAGUAACUGAGAGUGUGAAUGACAGAGAGAGAGCUUUACAGCGAACAGCUGUUUGGGGAGCACGAGCUUUGGGGUUUAUUGCUCUUUGCGUGAGGAGAACUGCACUUUCCAGAGAGAGCAAGAGAUACCCAGAGCGGGGGAGAGCGAGUGAUAGCGAGAGUGGGGCAAGUUUUUUAUCAGCGCAAAGUACGAUUCGUAGAUAAGAAAAAGUCGGCGGCGGGUGUUAAGUCACUUACAAAAUUUAUCGCUUCUUGGCUGUGGGCACAAUCGGAUGGAAACCCCCAGGAAACCAUUGCGACACGGAGUGAAGUAGAAACAGGAACAAACACCCACACUCAUCAUGAACAAGCUAAGGGCCCUGUUGCCCGGCCAACAUUCUUCCACGAACGGGGCUUCCAGGCACUCGGUGACCCUGGAACCGGAGAUUGGCUUCCAGAUCACCAUCGACAAUCCCAAGAACAGUGAUCAGUUCAAGAAUUCCUCAGCUGUUCCGGAGCUGAACGUCCAUUUGAUUGCCGCCCGCCAUCUGCCCUCGCUGUUCGGCUUCAAGAUCGUCCAGGGCUAUUUGAUAAAGGUAAAGCUAUUUCCCGGAACGAAACGCAUGGAUAGUAGUAUUCAGACCAACACGUGGCCAAAGUUCAAUGAAAAUUUCAAAUUUCCCCUGGUGCCCGAUAUCAAAUCUUCCAUGAAGCAUGUCGGUCGACGCUCUACCCCAACAAAUGGCCAGGUUAACAGCUCUGAUCCGGAGCCGGGAAAUCUCUUCUCGGGACAGUUUGUGGUCUUUACGGUCUACGCCUUGCUGGAACUUCCGGCCGCAAACUUCAAUCGUUUUAAUAAGACCUACCGCUCGCUGAAGGACAAGAGCACCAGCUUCGUUCAGCGUUUUGUGGAUCCUACUGCGGGUACUGCAGAUGCGGCUAAGACCGAGAAUGGAGGAGGCAAGGCCAAUAAUGACCAGGUUAAAGGGAAGAAAAAGUCUGAGAAUGCCAGAGAUGCCAUGCCACCACUGACUAUCAGUGAAUCACGGAGGAAUAUAGGUUCCGUCACCUGCUACCUGGAACCCAAGCUCUUCGAGCGCAAUAGCCGAACGGGGUGUUAUUCGACGGAGGAGCUGUGGCUGCCCAUUAAAGAUAUCACCACAACGGUGGCCAAGUCAUCGCCGAGCAACAACAAUCUUAUAAACUCUGCAAAGGGUGUGGUAGAGCUGGCCCUUGAAGUGCGUGAUCUCCAGGAAUGUGAGUCUGCCGUCGGGGAUCCCUCAACGCCACCUCCAACGCCCACAAGUCCAACCACUCAGCCAACUCUUACUCCAAGCUCAACUGCCCCGGUGAAUAAUUGGCAACGGAUGACCGCCGAGGUGAAGCGAAAGAUGGGAAUGAGCAAUGUAAGCAAUUCCGAUGCCGGCAGAUACCUUCUCAGGCUGACCACCACGCGGAUGCGGUGCUCCAACAAGGUCAAGGACGAACUAGAGGCCACGGCCAGCUCUGGGGUGUAUGUGAAGACCACCGCCUUCGAGCAUGGCAUUUACAUUGAUGCCUGGAAGUCGCCCAUCUUCUUUCCUUCGCUCUCUACCAAGUGGGACGAUGGCUCCGGUGAGGGUACAAUAGACAUUCCGCUUCAGCGACUUGACCAGUUGGAGGAUAUUGUUGUUCGGAUCACAUUGGCCACCAAAAAGAUGGGCAAGAAGAUCGUCUUGGGCACCGUUAUAGUGGGUGGCAAUCAGGCGGGCGACACUGGCUCCGAGCAGAUGCGACUCAUCCGGGAAUCCCCGCCAGGCCAGCGAGUAGCUGCCUGGCACUGCUACCACUAGGAGCUGCUGCUGCUCCUUGGCAAUGUAAAUAGCAUCAUCACCUUUAGCCCCUAUGCAUGCUGUAUGUACGAGUAUUUACUUUUCGAUCGUUAAAAAUAUUAAAUUUAAUUGCGAAUUGUAAAACGCUUCUUUGGGAAAGUUUGGCUCAUUUCAACGUCGACGGCGUGUAACACGCGGUUUAUUGCCAGCACUAUAAUGUGAGUGAUCAGACAGAGAAAAAUCUUAUAAUAAACUUGGGUUUGAUAUUACCCAUUAAAGUAUUAGUAUUACAAAACAAACUCCAAAAUAAAUAUAUUUUUAAAGAGAUUAAAAGUAAUGAAA